GCACGCUCGGGAUGUGAGAGCCAGCGAAUUAUCUUCAUCUUCCCAUUUCGAGUCUUAGCCCCCUCCCCAAGUCGAUGGCGCGGUCGUCGCAUCUUUAAAGACUCUUCAUCCCGUGUUUUGGAAUAAAGUAGCGGCCGAGACGAGAUUCCAGACAAGCUCCAACCAUGGAUUCCUUCUCCAUCACGACCGAUUGUAUCGAGCUCGGGAACACCAUCUCGCGGGCCUCAUUGGUGCUUAAUGAAUUCGUUAGAGAAGUGCGCGAAGCCCGUUCGGACUUGGACACCAUUUCACGGGAACUACAUUCGCUACAGAGUGUCUUGACUCUUUUGAAAGAGGAUGCCGGCAACCUGCCCUCCAAAAUAGCUGCUCAAACCCCUGCACUCCUCGAGCAGUGUAACAGGGUCGUCAGCGAGCUUGAUGCUUGUCUUUUAGCACUCAAUGGCAGCGCCUUAUCGAAAACGCAGAAACGAGCACAAUGGAUAGCCGUCGGGAAGCAACAGAUUGCCCAGCUGAGGGCAGCUCUAGAAGCUCAUCGUGCAACCAUGGGCUUAGCACUGGACCUGGUUGGAGCUACCAGUGGCCGUGAUCUACACGACAGCUCGGAACAGGGUGAUUACGAUGGCAUCGAGAACGAACAACAGCUGGCCGAGGUCAGCAACGAUGUCAUAAGAAUUGUCGAGGAGAUGGCACAGCUGCAAGCCAAACUGCCCGGCGAAUUCGAGCAUACCAGGACCGGAUUCAGUCUACGGGUUUAUUUAGCCACAUUGGGGGUAUAUGCAAACUUAUUGACCGGUGGUAGCGAACUCGAAGAUGGCGGUUAUUUCGGAGUAUACGAGGAAGACACGCCAGAUAGCGCAAUUGAGGUCACGUCCGAGUCCUCGUUCCCGGCAUUCGACGACGCACCGCCCAAGUCCCCGGGGGCCGACCAGUAUAUCCAGGAGGUGAACCAAUUGAUGGAUGAGAUUCUGGAUGUUCCAAGUCGAGCACCUACUCCCCCGCCCAAAGACUUGAAACGCUUCGAGAGUCAGCGGAGGUCUAUGGUCACCCCAUUCCUUGAUCCUCCGAUAGCCAGGUAUGGGGAAGAAUCGUUUGGAGUUGUCACCGAAAUCAGUUCAGAUGGCAGGAAGCCAGAUCGCCCGCCGCAAAGCAAGCCCGGUCGAUUUGGACGAAUGCUGGGACACAUGCGCAGUACUCUCUCAGAACCGUCGAGUUCAGAAUCCAUGUCGACCAAUUCCGAAGUUCGUCCGUCGACACCCAUCAUCCAGGCAAGUCUGGUACGGCGCGGCAGUCGGAGGUUGUCGACAUCGAUCAAGAGACUACCGCUGUGGAACACGGAAUUGGAAGAGCCCGAAGGACCCCCUUCACCAGGAUCGAAUGCUGUCUUUGGGGUCUCUCUGCAAAAGAGUAUGCAGGCCGCCAAGAGUGGUGCCAAAACCCAUCAUUCCGGCAGCGGAUCCUCACGAAGAGAGUUUCCCCUUUGCUUGCACAAGUGCUGUGUGUUCCUGCAAACGGAAGGAAUCGAGGCACCAGACAUCUUUGCGGAACCAGGCGACAGCUUCCGCGUCCAGAAGCUCAAGGAGGUGUUCAGCAAGGCGCCGCUCUACGGCGAGAAUAUCAACUGGGACAACUACGGGGUGCAUGAUGCGGCGGAUAUUAUCCUGCUGUACCUUUCUCAGCUGCCGAAGCCGCUCAUCUCCGAAACGAUAGCGAAGCGGUGGAUCUCACUAUCCAGGCAGGCAACCAUCAGUGGUCCCCACGGCAGUCGCGCCGACCAGUGCAUAGAUUUCUGGGAAGAAGCGCUGGGCGGUCUGCGAGGAACCAGCAGGAGCAUCUUCAAGUUGCUGAUGAACGUAUGGGCGGAGAUCGCGGACGCAGCCGAGAAGAACGGCAUGACAGCCGAGCGGCUCGCUAGUGUCAUUCUGAAGCCAUUGAUGCAUACAUCUUCGGAGAAGUACAGCACCGACUUUAUGUUGGCAAUGGCUUUCUUGAUCCGCAAACGCAGCGAAUACAUAAUGAUGCUGAAUGAGGGCCGAAAGAGUCGAGCAGCAUUUUGAGAAACC